CAGCGCGAGAGGUACUAGCUUUUAACAAGUCUGCACCAUGCGUGAAUAUAAGCUCGUGGUUCUUGGCUCAGGAGGUGUAGGAAAAUCUGCUCUGACUGUACAGUUUGUUCAAGGAAUUUUUGUUGAAAAAUAUGAUCCUACGAUAGAAGAUUCCUAUAGAAAGCAAGUUGAAGUAGAUGCACAACAAUGUAUGCUUGAAAUUUUGGAUACUGCAGGAACGGAACAAUUUACAGCAAUGAGGGAUUUGUACAUGAAAAAUGGACAAGGUUUUGCAUUAGUUUAUUCCAUCACAGCACAGUCUACGUUUAAUGAUUUACAAGAUCUGAGAGAACAGAUUCUUCGAGUUAAAGACACUGAUGACGUUCCAAUGAUUCUGGUUGGUAAUAAGUGUGACUUGGAAGAUGAAAGAGUUGUAGGAAAGGAGCAAGGUCAAAACCUAGCAAGACAAUGGAACAACUGCGCAUUCUUAGAGUCCUCUGCAAAAUCAAAAAUAAAUGUUAAUGAGAUCUUUUAUGACCUAGUGCGGCAAAUUAACAGGAAAACUCCAGUGCCUGGGAAGGCCCGCAAAAAGUCAUCAUGUCAGCUGCUUUAAUAUACUAAAUGCAUUGUAGCUCUGAGCCAGGUCUGAAGAA